GAGACCCGGGCUGUUUACCCGCGGGCUGGGCCCUGCCACCGACAGCAGAUGGAGCCGCGCGGGGAGGGCUGUUGAGAAGCUAUGGCCACCGAAGCCCCUGUGACUAUAGCCCCCGCUGAAUGCAGCCCUGUUGGCAGCACGGCGACCGACAGCUUCCUUUGGCAGCCAGACUCACUAAACAUGCAUGUCACGAGGCCCAAGUCUGCCAAGGGACGUACUCGGCCAAGGCUGUACAAGCACCUGGGCACAGAGGGUUGUUCUGGCCGCACCCCAGCUUCUCUACCUCCGGCCAUUCCCUGCGAGUCGCCGAGCAGCCAGAAACCUGGAGCCUGCACCCCCAGAUCUCCAGAUCAGGGAGCCCCCAGUGAGAUCCCAGAGCUGCUGCAGCAGGCGCCCUUUGGGGCGUCCUCUUCCCUCAAUAAAUACCCAGUCCUCCCUUCCAUCAACAGGAGGACCCUGGAGGAGGGCGCCCUGGAGACUGUCGCUAAGAAGGCUGGCUCCCUGCAGCUCAGCAGCGCCCAGGCUCUUUCCCAGGAGGAGGCCUGCACCACAAAGAUGGGUGAAAAAGAUCCCCAGGCUCAAACCUGUUCCCCAGAGAGGAGAGUCCUCGUGCAGACCGAGAGACAGACCUCCUCCAGGGCCGGAGACCUGAAAGAGCCAUCAGAUGAAGAGCCAAGGCUGCUGCUCGCCAUCCGCUCACCCUCAGGCCGAAGGUUCAUCCGCCACUUCCGGCCAACUGAUGACUUGCAGACCGUCGUGGCCGUGGCCGAACACAAGAACAAGGCCACCUACCAACACUGUGCCGUUGAGACGAUGGAGGUGCCCAGGAGACGUUUCUCUGACCUCAGCAAGUCUCUGCAGGACUGUGGAAUCCCCAACAAGUCGGUGCUGGGCAUCUCCCAGGAAGAGGGGGAAGGUUGGUCCUGAGUCUGCAGCCAUCGGACUGGGGUCCUGGGUGUCUCAGCGAGGUGCAUGCAUGGGUGCCACGGCCUCCCCAGCAGCUUGCUUCCAAGUGCCAUAUAGACCUGCUGCACCUGUGGCUCUUGGGAUGCCCACCCUCCAAGCAUCUUCUUCACAGCCGUGAAAUCUACACACGCACCAAAUGCGUUGAGAAGAUUCUCUUCCUGUUGUUCAGUUCUCUCCAGCGCUGGAGUGAACUGGCGAGUGACCGAGGCUGCUCCCUGAAGAGCCCAGCCCUCCUUUGCUGCUCAGGUCCUUCCUGGAGCACCUGGUUGCCUUUGCAAUGAACUUGCACUCGCUGGAAGCCAGCGGUUCGCCUUUCUGUAUUUGAUGCAGGAUUAAACACUUCCCAGAGAG